AUGUCCGCUACUAAGGAUAAGUCUAAGGUUCACAAGCUGUCCUUGAAAGGAUCGGCGAAGCUGGUGGCCGAAUUCUUUGAAUACUCUAUCAACUCGAUCCUCUUCCAGAGAGGCGUUUACCCUCCAGAGGAUUUCACAACUGUCAAGAAAUAUGGCCUCAAUAUGCUGGUUACCGCCGACGACCAGGUCAAAGCCUACAUCAAGAAGAUUAUGUCGCAGCUGAACAAAUGGAUGACGGGUGGCAAGAUCUCUAAGCUUGUCAUUGUCAUAACGGACAAGGAAACCGGUGAACAUGUGGAAAGAUGGCAGUUCGAUGUACGCAAGGACAAGGAACCCCAAGCCGCUGCCACCGUUGAGAAAACCGAGAAAGAGAUCCAAGACGAAAUCCAGGCUAUCUUCCGCCAGAUCACCGCAUCUGUCACAUUCCUGCCAGUCCUGGAUGGCGACUGCACAUUUAACGUCCUGGUGUACGCCGACGCCGACUCCGAGGUCCCCGUGGAAUGGGGCGACAGUGACGCCAAAGAAAUCAAGAACGCAGAGAAGGUGCAGCUCCGAAGCUUCAGCACCAAUAAUCACCGCGUAGAGACUCUAGUCAGCUAUCGCCUUGCUGAUUAG